AUGUUUCGCAAUAGAUUAAGAACACUUAUUUGCAGAAAUCAUGACUUUCAGAGGUGCAAACACACGAGUAAGCUCGAUGCUAUUCGAGAGAAGUUGCGAGAAGGCCCCAGUUUUGCUGAUUUUGUGUCUGAAGACCGUCCUAAAGACUGGGAGGAUUAUGAAGGCAAAUUGAAGAGAGAAAAAGGAGAAGCGGAAAGAUUGAGGUUGCCGCCCUGGUUGAAAACCACUAUACCUACUGGGUCAAAGUUCACGGGAAUCAAGAAGCAGCUUCGUGAGUUGAAACUGAGCACAGUGUGUGAGGAGGCGCGCUGCCCUAACAUCGGGGAGUGGGGGCAAACAUGGCACAUCUACAGCUACUAUAAUGUUGAUGGGUGACACGUGUACUCGAGGCUGCAUGUUCUGCUCGGUGAAGACGUCCCGGCGGCCGCCGCCGCUGGACGCGCGCGAGCCAUACAACACCGCGCACGCCAUCAACCAGUGGGGACUCGGGUACAUCGUGCUCACAUCUGUCGAUAGAGAUGACUUGCCCGACGGUGGAUCCGCUCAUUUCGCCGAAACUGUUAGAGAAAUCAAACGACAGAACAAAGACAUCCUGGUGGAAUGUCUAGUGCCAGACUUCAGAGGUAACCGGGAUUGUAUCCAGACCAUAGCGGAGUGCGGGCUAGACGUGUUCGCACACAACAUAGAGACAGUCGAGCGACUCACUCCCUUCGUCAGGGAUCCUAGAGCUGGAUAUCGUCAGACUCUAAAAGUACUACAGACGGCCAAGGAAGUGAACCCGGACCUAAUAACCAAGUCUUCAAUUAUGUUGGGACUUGGCGAGACUGACGAGCAAGUCGAACAGACUAUGAAAGACCUUCGCGAGGCGGGUGUUGACUGUCUAACAUUAGGCCAAUACAUGCAGCCAACCAAACGACAUCUAAAAGUCUUUGAAUACGUCACUCCUGCUAAAUUCAAGGAGUGGGAAGUCCGGGGCAAUGAACUCGGGUUCCUGUACACCGCCAGUGGACCUCUCGUCAGAUCCUCAUACAGAGCUGGAGAGUUCUUCAUCACUAGUUUACUCAAAGAUAGGAAGGCGAAGAGUUUGUGA